AUGGCCAAAGACGAGUACGAGCCCGCCCCCCCUUUCGUUUGCCAAACUCCCAAUGCUGCGUUGUAUCUUUGCAUUUCUGAUGAUCGCGAUAUAUCUAACCAUUUCUCCUUCUCCCAGCAGCUACCCAUUUGUACCGAGGAGUUUGUAAAAUCUGGACAUUGCAAUACCACUGAUAUCGGCGAGUUUGUUGUUUCUCACAAUGCCACCGAGAAAUCAAACGCCCUCAUCUUGACAAAGGCUGUUCAUCUCAAGGACGCGAGUCCAAUUCAAUAUUCCUUGAAGAAGACUGGAUAUUACUGUGUUGUGACACAGGGCUACACCAUCGACAAGUACAACGCUGUUGUUGAAUUCCGAAAUGCUUACGGUGAAUUACAAGCCACCCAGAUUCCCAAACUACCUUUCUACGGCGCCAUGUCCAUCAUCUAUGCGCUCAUGGCAGGAUACUGGGGCUUCCUGUACUACCAGCAUCGCCAUGACAUCUAUUUUCAAAACAACGGAGGCUCCGGCGUGGGAUCCAAGGCCUUCCUCAUUGUAGUCGGCAUCCUGAAUGCUGCACGGAACUCUUUCUCAUUCUUCCUUUUACUCAUUGUAUGCAUGGGAUAUGGCGUCGUCAAGCCCACUCUUGGGCGUACCAUGAUAUAUGUGCGAUGGCUCGCGGCUGCUCACUUUGUCUUUGGUCUGGUCUAUUCCAUCACCAGUCUUGUUGUCUCACCUGAAAGUGCCGGCCCAUUUGUUCUCCUCAUUGUCCUACCUCUGGCCGGAACGCUGACAGCAUUUUAUGUGUGGACUCUCAACUCUCUCAACUUCACUCUGAAGGAUCUUAGACAGCGGAAGCAGCAUGCAAAGGAGGCUAUGUACAGAAAACUUUGGUGGUCGAUUCUUAUCAGCAUUAUUGUCAUCUUUGCCUUCUUUUUCUUCACAAGCUUCACUUUCGCCUCCAUAAAUGAUCCCGACUUUGUUCCCAAUCAUUGGAAAUCACGGUGGUUUGUCCUGGAUGGCUGGCUAAACAUUGUCUAUUUUGUAGACGUUGCAUUCGUCGCCUACGUAUGGCGCCCUACCGCUAACAAUCGUCGUUUUGCUAUGAGUGAUGAGAUAGCUCAAGAUGACGAUGGGAACUUCGAGAUUGGUGACAUUGGCGUCCCCGACGAUUGGGAUGAUGAUGAAGAGGCCGAGGCUGGCAAGAAUCAGCCUCACCCACCACCUAUCACCGGAAUUGCCAGUUCUGCUCCGACUCAACCGAACAGUCAUCAGCAGAACUCCACGCGGAGCAUCCCGCGAGAGUCUAUUGAUGGGGAGACUAUUUUUGCUGUAGGGGAGGACGGCGACAGGUUGUCAGAUGAUGGAAGUGACGAAGAGAAUGCCAAGCUUGUACGAAAAUAA